AUGGAUCGCAAGAACAAACCCUCCCCGCUCCCCACCUCCCCCUCCCUACCGCAACCCACCAUCGACCUCACCGACAAUGUCUUGACCGCCCACCUGCCUUCCGGAGAUUCCGUGACCGUUCACCUCUACGGUGCGACGGUGACUUCCUGGAAGACCGCUAAUGGCGCCGAAAAGCUCUUCCUCUCCACUGCCGCUGCGCUCGACGGCUCCAAGCCCAUCCGUGGUGGCAUUCCGCUCGUCUUCCCCGUCUUCGGUCCACCUCCCAAAGACCACACCACCUCCAAGCUGCCGCAGCAUGGUUUCGCGCGGAACAACUACUGGGAGUUCCUAGGCAAGAGUUCCACUGAGAGCACGGACCGCAAGGCCGACGAUAGCGUCAAGCUGGAUUUCGGAUUGAGCAGUGGCAUGUUGGAUGAGGCUACAAAGGCGAAAUGGCCAUUUGAGUUUGGCCUGGUGUACUCGGUUACACUAGGCAAGGGCAAGCUGGAGUGUGGCUUACAUGUGCAGAACAAGGGCAGUGAGGCGUUUGAGUUCCAGUGUUUGUUCCACACGUAUCUGGCGAUCAAGGAUAUCAAGAAGACCACCAUCUCUGGCCUCGAGUCGGCGCAGUAUAUCGACAAAGUCCGCAACGCACAGACCUUCACUGAGGAGUCUAACGCCAUCACCUGCACUGGCGAGACAGAUCGUGUCUACACCCCGAAGGAUGAUAGCCCACUCACGGUCACAGAGGGCGGGAAGUCUUCGUUCGUGGUCACGAGAGAUGCGCUGCCCAAUGUCACAGUCUGGAACGGAUGGGAGGACAAGAUUAAAGGUAUGGGUGACUUCGAGCCCAAGGAUGGUUGGUUGCGGUACCUGUGCAUUGAGCCCGGUUCUGUCAACAGCUGGACCAAGCUCGAAGGUGGCGAUGCCUGGGAGGGGAGCGCGACUUUCGAGUCCAAGUUGUGA